AUUUAAAAUAUUUUUCUUUAAAAAAAAAAAAAGACAAGAAAUAGUAACCUUGAAAACGGUCAACGACCAUCGGAUUAUAGAUUCCGCUUCCCCCGCUCUCCUUCUCUUUCUUUGCGACAUUUCUUACAGAUUGACCGAAUUGGAGUUGUUUCAUAACUUGAUUCAUGAACACACAACAGUGGUGCUGAUGGCUCCCGAAGUGCAGUUCAAAUUGUUUGAACUUUUACUCAAAUUGUUUCUUAUCCUAGCCUCGGUGAAAAAGGGAAGUGCGGGAAUUACAAGUACUUUUACUCGUUCACAAUGGCAAUCUUUUGAUCUCCCUCUUGAUCACAAAGUAUUUGCAAUUCCUAAUGGUUACAAUGCUCCACAACAAGUGCAUAUUACACAAGGUGACUAUGAUGGAAAAGCAGUAAUAAUCUCGUGGGUUACAGCUGAUGAACGAGGGCCCUCCAAAGUCCAAUAUGGAACAUCAGAGAAGAAAUAUGAAUUUAGUGCAGACGGCACAGUGUCAAAUUACACCUUUUACAACUAUAAAUCUGGCUAUAUUCAUCAUUGUCUUGUUGAUGGUCUAGAGUAUGAGACAAAGUACUAUUACAAGAUUGGAGUAGGUGACUCAUCUCGAGAAUUUUGGUUUCAAACACCUCCAGAGAUUGGCCCAGAUUCUCCUUUUACAUUUGGAAUUAUUGGUGAUUUGGGUCAAACUCAUAAUUCUCUUUCCACUCUGGAGCAUUACAUGCAGAGUGGAGGACAGACUGUCUUAUUUCUUGGUGAUCUCUCUUAUGCUGAUAGAUAUCAAUACAAUGAUGUUGGUGUUCGAUGGGAUUCAUGGGGUCGCUUUAUUGAGAGAAGUGCUGCUUAUCAACCAUGGAUUUGGUCAGCUGGGAAUCAUGAGAUAGAAUACAUGCCAGAUGUGGGAGAAGUUUUUCCAUUUAAAUCAUACCUACAUAGAUUCAGUACGCCUUAUUUGGCAUCCAGAAGCAAUAAUCCUCUUUGGUAUGCUAUCAGACGGGCAUCAGCUCAUAUAAUUGUCCUAUCCAGCUAUUCCCCUCAUGUGAAAUACACACCUCAAUGGCAGUGGCUUCGAGAUGAGCUAAAAAGAGUGGACAGAAAGAAGACGCCCUGGCUUAUUAUUCUCAUGCAUGUCCCCAUCUACAAUAGUAACCAAGCUCACUUUAUGGAGGGAGAAAGUAUGCGUGCAGUCUUUGAGCGCUGGUUUGUUCGUUAUAGAGUUGAUUUCAUCUUUGCUGGCCACGUCCAUGCCUAUGAAAGAUCAUAUCGCAUCUCAAAUAUCCGCUAUAAUGUAUCAAGUGGUGACCGCUAUCCUGUGCCUGAUAAAUCAGCUCCAGUGUACAUAACAGUCGGUGAUGGAGGAAAUCAGGAAGGUCUUGCUGGAAGGUUUUGGGACCCACAACCAGAAUAUUCUGCAUUCCGUGAAGCCAGCUACGGUCAUUCCACAUUGGAGAUAAAGAACCGAACCCAUGCAUUCUUACACUGGCAUCGAAAUGAUGACGGGCAAAAAGUUCCAGCUGAUUCUGUAAUAUUCCUCAAUCGACACUGGUUCUUUUACAGGGCAAGCAAUCUUCGGAGGAGGAGGCUCGAGAAGAAUCGUCUUAAGGCCAGAGGAGAAAUCAAUUUCUGAAAUCAUUUAGUCAAGCUUUGUUCAUCCUUUGAAUCCAUUUUAUGGCAUUAGCAUCUCCAUAUCCCUUAGUGCAUGAUGGUCUAAUGAAUCCGUUAAAUUCACCACUAUAUCAUAGGAUCAUGUGCCAUGCGGUCGACUUGGAUUUCAAGCAGUCCAAAUGCCUUGGGAAACACUUCUUGUAAUUUACACAGCAUUAUCUUAGGACAAGGUUUUUACCAUAUUCUUUUUUGGAUACUUAAUUAGUCAAAUAUGGUUUCUUGUAUAGGUCAUUUUUUAUUAUUCAUAGAAUAAAACAUAGCAACAACUUCCUACAUAAUUGGUUACAACAACAAAAUACUUUAUCUACAAAAAAAAUUUUCAUUUCAAGGUAGAAAAGGCAAGGAUUAGUGUUGGAAGCUAUACCUGGAGACAGAAUCUACGACUCGUCUUCAUCUACAAGAAAAUCGGAAUUUUUAUUAAAAAUGCUUUACAUGGUCUUUAAAUUCUCUUCAUUCCAUCAUCUUCCUUUGCAAUCACAAGUCUCUUCUUUAUCUACAAUGCCUUUUUUUUUCAUCAAAAUUUAUCGUAGCUUUAAUAGAAAAUAACAUAUAUGAUCAUCUACAAAGACGAAAACAGCAGCCUGACAUCCAUUUCCUCAACGUUAGUUUAUACAGCUUGCAGAUUAGCUAGCAUUUGUUCUGCUACUCAUCAAUGCCAGGGACGAGAGGAGAUCAAUGAUGUUGGUCAGGAAAAUUUUUCAUUGUUUCU